AUGAAUGUCCCAGGGCUUGUGACGGUGCUCCUCUUCUAUCUUCUAGUGCUGGGCAUCGGGAUCUGGGCCUCCGUCAAGUCCAAGCGGAACCAGAGCCACACGGAGCCAUGCACUGAGCACACCUUGUUGGGGAACCGGGGGAUCAGUCUGACCGUGGGGGUCUUCACUAUGACAGCCACAUUUGUUGGAGGAGGUUUUAUCACAGGAUUAACAGAGGCUGUGUACACCCCGACCAUGGGACUAACCUGGGCGGUGAUGCCUGUAACCGCUGCCAUAUCAUUUAUAAUUGGUGGACUUUUCUUUGCAAAGAAAAUGAGAGAGAGAAAGUAUGUGACAAUGAUGGACCCGUUUCAGCAGAAGUACGGAAAUAUGAUUAGUGCCAUUUUGUCUGUAGCACUUCUGAUUUCAGACAUUAUCUGGGUAACCGGAACUCUCAUAGGUUUAGGUUAUCAGGACUUUCACCAGAGGACUCUGUCUUCGUCCUCAGCGUCCACAGCCAGGACCACGUGUUUCAUUGCGGCCCCCAUGAUGUUUGUGCUGGGAAUCCCCCCUGUGCUGAUCGGAGCAGCCGCUGCAUCCACAAACUGGAGCAUGACGACGUACGGAUCUCCAUCCCCGUAUGAGCGCGGUGAAGCAGGACAGGUUCUGCCCAUUGCUUUGCACCAUCUCAGUCCGUCCUUCAUCUCCAUCGUGGGCAUUGGAGCUGUGGCUGCGGCUGUCAUGUCUUCUACAGACUCUGCACUGCUGUCCGCAGCCUCCAUAUUCACAUCCAAUAUCUACAAGAACAUUUUGAGGACAAAGGCAGCAGAGACAGAGCUCCAGUGGGUCAUUCGCAUCACUGUGGUGGUUGUUGGUCUGCUGGGCACCUCGCUGUCAUUUCUCAGCAACAGUGUUAUGAUGUUCUGGAUCCUGGGCUCGAGCAUUACCUACACCAUCAUGUUCCCUCAGCUCGUCUGCGUCCUCUUUUGUGACGUCUCUAAUGCCUGUGGAUGUGUCAUGGGCAUUCUAACUGCAGCGUUGAUCAAAGUCCUGAGUGGGGAACCCGCGCUGGGCUGGCCACCGCUGUUCUAUUACCCCGGGUGUCCUGUUGUAGAUGGAGCGUUUAGAACAUGGAGACUGGGGGAGCUCCUCACAGCCUGGAUGGAGUGGAUGCUGCCGCCGGACCGUCCACUUCUAGAAAAAAACCUGCGUCAAGCCAUCAAACAUUACCACAGUGCUCUGCUGAUUCUCCGGGGCCUGGACUCUGAUGUGAUGUCUCCUCUAAAAGGAUUUGGACCUGUGGCACAACCCCUUUUACCUGAACAAGAAAUGCUGCUGAGGAACACACAAGUGGACAUCUUCAACAAUUUAGCUGCCUGUUUGCUGCAGAAAGAGACUGUCAAUUACUCUCGCGUCCAGGAGUACAGCUUGCGUGUUUUACAUUGGCAACCACAUAAUGUAAAAGCACUGUACAGAGCAGGAGUGGCUACGCUGGAGCUGGGAGAUCCUUUGAUGGCAACAGUGUAUCUCACUCAGGCAUUCAAAGAACAGCCUCAUGAUGUAAAUAUUAAAAAAUACCUUCAAAAAUCUACGAAGAAGCAGAAUCAGGAGUUAGAAAGAGAGAAGGCCAUGUAUCGAGAGAUGUUUUCACCCACCACGAAGAGCCGCUCUGGAGAUGGACUUGACCAAAAGCAUGAAAUUGGUGAUGAAGGACUUCAUGUGCUAUAA